AAGCGAUCCAAGCAUUUCAAUGAACCAGUUAACCCUGCGAAGAUCCAAUCUUCUUCCCCUCCCCAUCACUAUAUUUCUAGACGUCUGGCGAGCAAAGCUCUACGCGAAGCAAAUAUUAAGAACAAAUAACAAGACACCAUGUCUGGACAACCGACCAUUAGGCUUGCCACGCCAGAGGACGUGCCUUUAAUCCUCCAAUUUAUCCGCGAACUGGCAGACUACGAAAAAGCUCUUCAUGAAGUAGAAGCCACCAACGAAUCCCUCCUCGAAACCCUCUCUUUCCCUGACACUCCUCCCAAACGAGGCUCCGUGUACACCGCACUCAUCACCCCUCCUGCCACGCCGGACAAUGACUCUCCCAUUCCCGUCGGCAUGGCCCUGUUCUUCUAUAACUACUCGACGUGGCGCUCGGCACCAGGCAUCUACCUUGAAGAUCUCUAUGUGCAGCCCGCAGCCCGGGGCCGAGGCUAUGGGUUCAAGCUGCUGAAGUACUUGGCAGCUCAGGUGCUCGAGGUGAAGGGACGGCGGUUAGAGUGGAGUGUGCUCAAGUGGAACGAGCCAAGUAUCAAGUUUUACGAACAAGUUGGAGCUAAAGGUAUGGAGGAGUGGAUGAAGAUGAUGGUCGAGGGAGAUGCCUUGGUGAAGUUAGCGGAGGGACAAUGAGAUUAAGAAUUAUUGGGCAAGAUUAACGACCAUCCAUGGUGCGUGAUAUGACUCAGAAUGUUGAGAACACGCACCCU